AGCAAUACUUCCCCCUUCUCCACUCAAUCCCAACAGAGAGCCAGAGCGGAACUAGGCUGAGUGGGCCAGUCAUUUAAAAACCCAGAGCUAGGACGGGGCGUGGAAAGGAGCAAUCAGACACGCGGCGGCAGCGCCAGGCGCACUAGAAGUGCAGGGGACGCGCCCGCAUGCUUGGGCUGCCGUGUCUGUGACCUCUAGUUCCAGCUGGGAACCUGGGCGGAGGAGUUAAUGAGAAGCCCACGGAACUGACAAGCCAAAGGAGACAAGCCUGAGGUCUCCAUGGUCCUUCCGUCCUCUGCUCUCUCCCGCGUCCGCUGCAUGCUCAAGCACUGCGCCCCAGAGCUGGGGCGAGGUGAGCCAUGGAGGAAACGGGUGCUCAAUGCCCCCCACCGCUCUCCGCUGGCUCCCAGAUCGGGGUACCUCAAGCCAACCUGUCUACUGCUCCCUCCCACAACUGCAGCGCCGGGAACUACAUUUACCAGGACUCCAUUGGACUGCCCUGGAAAGUACUGCUGGUUGUGCUGCUGGCGCUCAUCACCUUGGCCACCACACUCUCCAACGCCUUUGUGAUCGCCACCGUGUAUCGGACCCGGAAACUGCACACCCCAGCCAACUAUCUGAUCGCCUCUCUGGCAGUCACCGACCUGCUCGUGUCCAUCCUGGUGAUGCCCAUCAGCACGGUGUACACGGUCACUGGCCGGUGGACACUGGGCCAAGUGGUCUGCGACUUAUGGCUGUCUUCGGACAUAACCUGUUGCACUGCUUCCAUCAUGCAUCUCUGUGUCAUCGCCCUAGACCGCUACUGGGCCAUCACGGAUGCUGUGGAAUACUCAGCUAAAAGGACUCCCAAAAGGGCGGCGGUCAUGAUCGCACUUGUCUGGGUCUUCUCCAUCUGUAUCUCUCUGCCGCCCUUCUUCUGGCGUCAGGUCAAAGCCGGGGACUGCUUGGUGAACACAGACCACGUCCUCUAUACAGUCUACUCCACAGUGGGCGCGUUCUACUUGCCCACCCUACUCCUCAUCGCCCUCUACAGCCGCAUCUACGUGGAAGCCCGCUCCCGGAUUUUGAAACAGACACCCAACAGGACCGGCAAGCGCUUGACCCGAGCCCAGCUGAUAACCGACUCUCCUGGGUCCACGUCCUCGGUCACCUCCAUUAACUCGCGGGCCCCCGAUGUGCCCAGCGAAUCCGGGUCUCCUGUGUAUGUGAACCAAGUCAGAGUGCGAGUCUCCGAUGCACUGCUGGAAAAGAAGAAACUCAUGGCCGCUAGGGAGCGCAAAGCCACCAAGACCCUGGGGAUCAUUUUAGGAGCAUUUAUUGUGUGUUGGCUGCCCUUCUUUAUCAUCUCCCUUGUGAUGCCUAUCUGCAAAGAUGCCUGCUGGUUCCACAUGGCCAUUUUUGACUUCUUCAAUUGGCUAGGCUAUCUUAAUUCCCUCAUCAACCCCAUCAUUUAUACCAUGUCCAAUGAAGACUUCAAACAAGCAUUCCAUAAACUAAUACGCUUUAAGUGCACAAGUUGACUUGCCAAUUCCAGUGGGGUCGCCUAAGCGACCUUUGGGGACCAAGUUGGGUCUUUCCACAGGUAGGUCGAAUCUUCUUUCACUGUUACUGGGUCGAAGCAAGGCUCUCUCUCCUGGGCAAGGGCAAUGGAUCCCGAGAAGCCUGGACAACCCUGAGAGAGAGAGAGAGCUCUGGAAGCAGAACUGUUCAAACUAAAUCUAGAGCUUCUCUGCUGAGGAGAAGGUUCACCUCCUCUCCCGAAGCCCUGGGCUCAGCACAGAUCCUGCAGCAGCCAAUCACAAAUGGGGUUGCGACUUUUAAAAAUUGAUGAUGGAUGGGGGAAUCCCUGUCCCACUUUGGUAUCAUGGAUGAGGCCCUCUAAAGCCCGUGGUACUUGUAGUUGUUGUCUGAAGCCUGUUGAGAGAGAUCUACAUACAGCCUGGCAGUACUUGAACUAGACGUUUAAUAACCUGUGUCUUGGGGAGAACUUUGUGU